UGCUUAGCCGUCGACCAAUUGGAUUUUGCGAUACACAACACGUGUUGCCUGCCGUGACGUUGGUCUGUUUGUCUGACAACCUUCCGCAAAAAAGGAGAUAAGACAAGUUCGUUGCUUUAUUUAGGAUCUCACUCAGCCACCAUCAAGAGGUAUCAGUGAGUCAGUGUAGAGUUUGAAUACAUUUAGUAACCAUGGUGUACAAUUAUACAAAACCCCGUGGCCCUAUCGCUGCUAUGUACAGCAGCCCCGGCCCUUGUUAUGGACUUCCAGGCCUUGUUGGACAAAAAUCCCAUGAUCCCCGUAGUGUUCACCAAAAAGCUGCCUCCUAUCCGUUCGGUGUUCGUCACGGAAAAUUCAGGGAUGACUGCAGUCCAGGACCCUGUUAUUACCCUAACCCCAAAGUGUACCGGGAUGGUGGAGAUGGAACCCCCCAUUACUCUCUGUACGCUCGCCAGAAGGAUGGGACCAUGUUUAAAGUGCCCGGCCCCGGUGCAUACAGCCCCGAAGGUGUCGGACCCACCGCUCACUUCCGCCACCCUGCCUACAGCUUCGGAACCCGCCACAGAAACAGGAGAACUGAUAACACUCCCGCUCCUAAUAACUACACAUUGACACCAAUGCUUGGAAACACCAAGGAGAGUGGGAAGCUGCAGGCCCCAAUCUACUCCAUGUCUGGCAGGCAAAAGCAGGGAGGUUUUCACGAGGAUCUGGCCAAGACCCCUGGACCAGGAACUUAUGACACUGCUGAUCCCAACAUCACAAAGGAUAAGUCCCCACACUACAGUAUGACCAGCCGUAAUGUCAUGCCAGGAGACACCACCCGCAAACCUGGUCCCGGUGCUCACUCCCCACAAAGUGUAAGAUCCACCUCCACAAGUUCAUUCAUUGUUGUGUUACACAACACUUUUACAACUUCAUUCAUACAAAUUUUAAACGCCAUACACACAAGGUAGCAGGUAGUGUCUAUAUAGAGAAAACAGUACACUCAAGAAAGCUGGUGGAGAGGGCAUGGGUAAAGACCCUGGGGAUGGGGGUGGGGUGGGGUAAAGACCCAGGGUGUGAGGGACGGGUAAAGACCGUGGGGAUGGGGUAUAGUGUAAAGACCCAGGGGGUGAGGGACAGGUAAAGACCCAGGGGGUGGGGGAUGGGCAGAACAGGACAUUUAAAAAAUUUCUUUAUAAUAAGAAGGGGAAAUUUAAAACCUUUGUGAGGAAUGGUAAUGGGAGAUUGAAAAUCUUUUUGGGUAAUUGCUAAAGAAAAAUUUAAAAUGUGUUUGGAGAAUUACAUGAAGAAAUUUAAAACCUUUUUGGGUAGCUGCAAGUGGAAAUUGAUUUAAGAUCUCAUAAAAUAGUGCAUGUUCUUUACUUAUGAGAAUCUAAUGAGUUGUUUUCUUUCACAGGUCUGGACUCACAAGAAGAAAAUGCCGGAAUUCUCUUUCGGAAUCCGCCACAGUCAAUAUUUAGCUCCCCUUAUUGUGGAUCAGGCAGAUUGAAUACAUGCAGACAAUUCUUCUUAAUCAUUUUCUUUAGGAUCGUUUUAAUUUUGUAAAAAUAUACCGAGUUUUGUAAAUUUGAACACAAUUUCCAAAUCAAAAAUUACAUAAAAGUUUUUAGUUACUUUUUAUUUCAGCACAGGUUUAUAAUAAAAUCAUGACUUUCUAUUUCCUGCCUAUUUUUUCAUCUUGUAAUGAAUUUUGUGUUUUUUUGUUUGUAUCCACAAAGGCUGUGAUAAUUAUUUUAAGAUUACUGAUAGGAAAACAUAUCACUUGUAUUUAGUAUGAAGUCAUAAUUUCAAAAUUAGGUUGAGACUUUUUUUUUCUACCAUGCAUUGAUGUUUGAAAAAGCAGUAUUAGGAUGCAAAAUGGGACAAAGGACUUAAAGUAUUAACAAACAUGUGUAGUUAGCUGAAGUAGUGUAAAAAGAACUCGGAUUAUAAAAGCCUCAGGAGUGUUUCCUUUAGCCAUAACUGCAUUAUCAUUGUAUGAUUGUGAUUAAAUAUUAUAUAUGUCAGUUGCAUUAUAUGAAAUAUUAUUUGUAUGGAAUAUUUUUCAUUGUACAAAGUUUUUCUAUGUGAUAUAGUAUUAUUGUCAUUUUUCAAAACUUUUUGUUUAUAUUUUUUUCUAUCUCUAUUUACCAGUCACUUGUUUGAGUGAAUUAUCCCCCUUUUCCUCUUAAUAUCUUUGGACCAUUACUGCACUUUAUCAUCAAUGUGUUUGUUAAAAGUUUACAAUUCACCAGCUUACAAACAAAUUCAGUUUGCCAAAACAUCAGGUAUAUGUCAGUCGAUAAAGUAUUAUAUAUAAUUUAUUUUCCUCUCUCUCUCAAGAAUUGUCAGUUGGUUUUUUUUUCGAUAAUUAGAUACAUUUUCGAGGAAUUUUUGAAAUUCCCCUAGCUUAACAGUGUGCGGAUAUUGUCCAUUGCUGCUCUAAAAACAAAACUUGACAAUUCUUGAUUGUUGUAUUUUUUGCUCAAUGUUUCAGUCUUUCUGUUAAAUUAAAAUCAGUAUGAGCAGAGUUAUCUUCCUGUACAUGACACAGCAGCAUAAUGUCGGCGAUUGAUUACAACGUUUCUGUAGCAACAACUAACAGAAUAAAAUAUGCAUUGUUGAAACACA